AUGCCUGCCUCAGUUACCGUCUUAUGUUAUAUAACGAAUUAUCGUAAAUCAUUUACCAAUAAAGAUCUUACAAUUGUUGAAGCUUCGGGUAUUGUAAGAUCUCGAAGCUUAAAUUCUCCUCUUAAUGUUAUCUUAAUUGGAUUUUACCCGACGAAUACAAUUCAAGAAUUAAGUUUACCUAAAUUUGAGAAUGGAGAUGUAGUGCUUGUAACCGGAAAUUUUCGUAUCAUUGAAAAUAUAGAUAAUGAUAACAAAAAAUAUCCAAUAUUAAAACCAAUAAUUGAUGAAGAAGAUAUAACCAUAAAGGUUUCAUCUAGAAAUUUUAUUGAUCAAGACUAUAUUAAUAUCGAGAUGAUAGUUAAAGGAAGUAUUCGUCAUAAAAAAACUACACCUACCACAAAACCAUAUUCUAAACCUAAUUUUCAUUCUAUCCGUCCUAAAGUUACUGAUCUAUCAAAUAAAUUUUUAAAUCAAAAUUCAAAUACAUCAACUAACAACUUCCUCAGUUAA